CGGUGCAGGGCGGGAUGCGGGGCAGGGUUGAUUACCGCAUGCGCCGGCCGCCAUCUUUCUCUAGCAGCCGGGCGCGCAGCGGGCAGCAUGGGCCACCAGCAGCUCUACUGGAGCCACCCCAGGAAGUUCGGCCAGGGCUCCCGCUCCUGCCGCGUCUGCUCCAACCGCCACGGCCUCAUCCGCAAGUACGGCCUGAACAUGUGCCGGCAGUGCUUCCGCCAGUACGCCAAGGACAUCGGCUUCAUCAAGCUGGACUGAGCGCCGGGAGGAUGAGGCUGUCGCCAGAAGAUCCCGGGGCUUCCCUGCGCCUCCCCGACACACCUACAGCAUCUCGGCACAGCCUUACUUAAUAAAUAUUCGCCUUGCCCGAC